CCCCUGGAGGAUGCGCCUCCUCCAGCUCCUCGUCGACUCCGCCUGACGCCUGAAGAAGGGAGGGCCGCGCGGUGACGUCAGGCGGCGGAGCGAGACUGCGGGCGCCAUCUUGGGGGCGCCGGGCUGGAGUCGGGUCGGGGUCGAGUAGGGAAGUCGGAAAAAUUGAGGCACACGACACCCAGAGGGUGGGGGCGGGGGAGCUGUGGCACUGGAACCGCGGCGGAGCGAACGGAGAAAGUGAAGCAUCAUCAGUCAGCGCGAAAUGGGGAGGGGAAACUGCAGCAGCGAGCACAUGGAGGGAGUAAAAAGGGAAACUGAGGCUCCAGACUCGCUUCAUUAAAAAGAGGAACGGAAGCAACAAGAAGGAAGGGGAGAGAAGCCGGCGGACUCUUGAGGAAGGGGGGAAGGGAGAUGUCAAAGGAGAAGCGAGGAGCGAGGGAAUCUGAGGGAACAAGGAAAACCUGAAGGGGAGGGGAGGAAAUGGGGAAAAGCGAAAAGCAAAGACAGUUUCAUUUAAGAAACGGGGAGUGUGGGCGGGGUGGGGGGAGAAAACCUGAAGGACAACUAGGAUGAAAACCUGCAGAAAGUGACCCUGUAGGAGACGGACUCUGCUUCCUUCCAAGGUGCCUUCCUUCUGCGUUGACCCAGGGCUUCUGGCCAUCACUACUCUCCCCCUUUGGCCCUCAGGGCGUUGGCCUCGCACUGUUACGUUCCAGAGCUACCCUGUGAACCAACCCAAGGACAGGAGCUUCAAGAGAUUCCUGUACUAACUGCUUCCCCCCCACACCCCAUUUCUCAGAGGAGUAAACUAAGUCUCGAGGAGUUGGUCAUUACCUUCCUGAAGCUAAAAGCUGCCGAGGGACUCCCAAGCACUGAGUAGGACCGAGGUGUGACAUCUCAGUCAUCACCUGUGUGGUGUCCUUCAGUUGAUUUCUAACUGGCCGUCCUAACUUUCCACUAAAUUGAAAUCCCUAACACCAAGCCAAUAUAAUUAUACCAAGCUGUCUGGAUUGAAAUCCUGACCCUGCCACUUCCAGCUGUUGUCUUGGACAAGCUAAAUCCCCUGUGCCUCCGUUUCCUCAUCUGUGAAAUGAAGACCCUAACCCCUGCUUCAUGGUUGUGGGGCACAGAGUAAAAGCUAUGUGGAAAUUGUUUUUAUUAGGACCUCAAGAAGCCCAGAAAAGUUAAGUAGCUUGCCUGUCCUUUGGAGGAGACAGAGCCAGGGUUCCAACCCAGGAGUUGACUCUGAGGUCUAUGCUCUUGGUACCCCCCACCACCCCCUCCCGCCCCAGGCUCUACUGCCUGGCAGGUGGAUGUCCUGUCCUGCGGGGCAUGUUGAAUGGAUGAAUGCAAGAAGCAGAAGAAAGAAGUUGGUGGGAAUGUGUGAGCUCCAAAGCUGGUGGCGAGUGGGGGCCGCGGCAGCUGCGUCCCCAUGAGGAGGGGAGGAAGAUGCCGGCUGAGCUGCUGCUGCUGCUGAUUGUUGCCUUCGCCAGCCCCAGCUGCCAGGUGCUCUCAUCACUGCGCAUGGCUGCAAUCCUGGACGACCAGACAGUGUGUGGCCGCGGCGAACGUCUGGCCCUGGCUCUGGCCCGGGAGCAGAUCAACGGGAUCAUCGAAGUCCCAGCCAAGGCCCGGGUGGAAGUAGACAUCUUUGAGCUUCAGCGGGACAGCCAGUACGAGACCACGGACACCAUGUGUCAGAUCCUGCCCAAGGGGGUCGUGUCUGUCUUGGGGCCCUCGUCCAGCCCUGCGUCUGCCUCCACCGUGAGCCAUAUCUGUGGAGAGAAGGAGAUCCCCCACAUCAAGGUGGGUCCCGAGGAGACACCCCGCCUGCAGUACCUGCGCUUCGCGUCCGUCAGCCUGUACCCCAGUAACGAGGACGUCAGCCUGGCCGUCUCCCGAAUCCUCAAGUCCUUCAACUACCCCUCGGCCAGCCUCAUCUGCGCCAAGGCCGAGUGCCUCUUGCGGUUGGAGGAGCUAGUGCGUGGCUUCCUCAUCUCCAAGGAGACGCUGUCAGUGAGGAUGCUGGACGACAGCCGGGACCCCACGCCGCUGCUCAAGGAGAUCCGCGAUGACAAGGUGUCCACCAUCAUCAUUGAUGCCAACGCGUCCAUCUCCCACCUCAUCCUCCGUAAAGCUUCAGAGCUGGGAAUGACCUCAGCGUUUUACAAAUACAUCCUCACCACCAUGGACUUCCCCAUCCUGCACCUGGACGGGAUCGUGGAGGACACCUCCAACAUCCUGGGCUUCUCCAUGUUUAACACCUCACAUCCCUUCUACCCCGAGUUUGUGCGCAGCCUCAACAUGUCCUGGAGGGAGAACUGUGAAGCCAGCACCUAUCCAGGUCCUGCGCUGUCGGCGGCCCUGAUGUUUGACGCCGUGCACGUGGUGGUGAGUGCCGUCCGGGAGCUGAACCGCAGCCAAGAAAUCGGUGUGAAGCCGCUGGCCUGUACGUCGGCCAACAUUUGGCCCCAUGGGACCAGCCUCAUGAACUACCUGCGCAUGGUAGAGUAUGACGGGCUGACCGGGCGGGUCGAGUUCAACAGCAAAGGGCAGAGGACCAACUACACCCUGCGCAUCCUGGAGAAGUCCCGGCAAGGCCACCGCGAGAUCGGGGUAUGGUACUCUAACCGGACCCUGGCCAUGAACGCCACCACCCUGGACAUCAACCUGUCGCAGACACUGGCCAACAAGACACUGGUGGUCACGACCAUUCUGGAGAACCCGUAUGUCAUGCGGCGGCCAAACUUCCAGGCCCUGUCCGGGAACGAGCGCUUCGAGGGCUUCUGCGUGGACAUGCUGCGGGAGCUGGCUGAGCUGCUGCGCUUCCGCUACCGCCUACGGCUGGUGGAAGACGGGCUGUACGGGGCGCCCGAGCCCAACGGCUCCUGGACGGGCAUGGUCGGCGAGCUCAUCAACCGGAAGGCAGACCUGGCUGUGGCCGCAUUCACCAUCACAGCCGAGCGGGAGAAGGUCAUCGACUUCUCCAAACCCUUCAUGACCCUGGGGAUCAGCAUCCUCUACCGAGUGCACAUGGGCCGCAAGCCUGGCUACUUCUCCUUCCUGGACCCCUUCUCCCCUGCCGUGUGGCUCUUCAUGCUUCUCGCCUACCUGGCCGUCAGCUGCGUCCUGUUCCUGGCCGCCAGGCUGAGCCCCUACGAGUGGUAUAACCCACACCCGUGCCUGCGGGCACGUCCCCACAUCCUGGAGAACCAGUACACGUUGGGCAACAGCCUCUGGUUCCCUGUAGGGGGCUUCAUGCAACAAGGCUCGGAGAUCAUGCCCCGGGCGCUGUCCACACGCUGCGUCAGCGGAGUCUGGUGGGCCUUCACCUUGAUCAUCAUCUCUUCCUACACGGCCAACCUGGCUGCCUUCCUCACCGUGCAGCGCAUGGAGGUGCCCGUGGAGUCAGCUGAUGACCUGGCAGACCAGACCAACAUUGAGUAUGGCACCAUCCAUGCUGGCUCCACCAUGACCUUCUUUCAGAACUCACGGUACCAGACGUACCAGCGUAUGUGGAACUACAUGCAGUCGAAGCAGCCCAGUGUGUUUGUCAAGAGCACGGAAGAAGGCAUCGCGCGUGUUCUCAACUCCCGCUACGCCUUCCUGCUCGAGUCCACCAUGAACGAGUACCACCGGCGUCUCAACUGCAACCUCACCCAGAUCGGGGGCCUCCUCGACACCAAGGGCUACGGCAUCGGCAUGCCACUGGGCUCCCCGUUCCGGGAUGAGAUCACCCUGGCCAUCCUGCAGCUUCAGGAGAACAACCGGCUAGAGAUCCUGAAGCGCAAGUGGUGGGAGGGGGGCCGGUGCCCCAAGGAGGAGGAUCAUCGAGCUAAAGGUCUGGGCAUGGAGAACAUUGGUGGCAUUUUUGUCGUGCUCAUCUGUGGCCUCAUCAUUGCCGUCUUCGUGGCGGUCAUGGAAUUCAUAUGGUCCACACGGAGGUCGGCAGAGUCUGAAGAGGUGUCGGUGUGCCAGGAGAUGCUGCAGGAGCUGCGGCACGCGGUGUCCUGCCGCAAGACGUCGCGUUCCCGCCGGCGCCGGCGCCCAGGCGGCGCGAGCCGGGCCCUGCUGUCGCUGCGCGCGGUCCGCGAGAUGCGCCUCAGCAACGGCAAGCUCUACUCGGCCGGCGCGGGCGGGGAUGCGGGCGGCGCGCACGGGGGCCCCCAGCGCCUCCUGGACGACCCGGGGCCGCCCGGCGGGGCCCGGCCCCCCGCCCCUACGCCCUGCACCCACGUGCGCGUCUGCCAGGAGUGUCGGCGCAUCCAGGCGCUGCGGGCGUCCGGGGCCGGCGCGCCCCCGCGUGGCCUAGGCGCCCCCGCCGAAGCCACCAGCCCGCCCCGGCCGCGGCCAGGCCCCGCAGGCCCCCGCGAGCUGGCCGAACACGAGUGACCACGGGCGGAGCCGGGCUGGCGGCGGGACUGACCGCAGGGACGGAGCCCGGGCCGCCCCCGCUUCCCCAGCGGGCGAGGGACGGGACUUGUGCCCCGGUGCUCCGGACGCCGCGAUUUUGCCUUCGGCUCACGGUGUCGUCCGAGGCCCGGCUCCGGAGCCUUCCUGCGCCCCCUAGUGGACUUGCCAGAGGGUGCCGCGGACCCCGCACUGCGCCCCCCCCCCCCCCCCCCUGCGGAUAGGAGGAGCGCAGGAAUCGAGGACUCCGGGGGCCGGGGACUGCGGGGCCGUUCCGGAAGCGGAAAGCAGUCCGCGAGGAGAGCCCCAUUCUGGGACUGCUCAGGCUCCCCAAGACUUGACACAGCCCUCCCCACUUCUGGAGGACGGGAGGGCCUCUGGGCAUAUGGGUGUCCCCUGGGGCCCCUCAACUCUUCUCUUUCUCUCUUUUUUUUGGGGAGAAACCUCGGAAUUUCUAUGAGACACCCCCCAGGGAGGAGGUCAGUUGGGCCCCUGUCCCUCCCCCUGCCACACCCCAGUCCCUGUUGGAAUAAAAAAAGAACAAAACCCCAAAAACUGGGGAUACCUGGGUCUCAUUUCCUGGAGGUAUGAGGGCAUUAAAGUCUCGGGCUCCCCAGGGAGUCUGCUGAGAACCACACACUGGAUGGUCACUCCUGGACU